UCGUUUGUUCGAAGGUUCAAAGGGUUCCAAGCGUUCCAAGGUUGCCAUAGUUACCGUUAGUUACUUAUCUAUAUGUUGAAUAUUGAGGUUAUGAAAACCAUCGCAGUAACGAUUUGAUUAAUAUUUACUGAUAUCCAUUCUGUGGCAUGAUGUCUUCCUGUGUAACACCUAUUACAAAGGGACUGAAUGUGCCUGCAGGAUGUAUACUUGUGAAUGAGAAAUGGAGAGGUAGCAAGUUUGAAAAAGAUUUAUCAGGUUAGAAAUAUAUCGACUAACAGAACACACACAUUGUCAGUUCAACUUAUAGGCAGUUUAAACUCAGCCGACGUUUCUGAGGAACAUAUUACAGCUAUAGGAAGAGGUAUCUACUGUGAUAACUUGGGUAUCAUAGAUUUCUACCUGUCACAACUGUGCCCCGUGGUCUAUAUAAAUGAAAGUGAAUUAAUUUCUGGAGUUUCUUUUGAAAGAAAACUAAAGAAGAUUCUUGAGACUGGUCAACAUCAUGGAGUGGUUAUAGCAGACAGGAAUAAUUUAACCAUCAAACAGUUCUCAGAACUUCAAAAUCACUGUUUCACAUCAAAGAUAACCCUCAUUCCAGUAGGAAAUGUUUCCGAAUUGCCACAAUUACUUGUUCAAAUGGCGUAUGUGGAAUGCAAGUCACCAAGAAAUCCAUUCAAACAGUGGAAGAAAUCAUGUGAUGAUCUAGCAGCACGGCAGCUGAAACUGUUCUCCUUAAUACCAGGAGUUGGUGAGAAAAAGGCUCAACUCUUGCUGGACCAUUUUGGACAUCCUCAGAGUUUAGCAUCAGUACCAGAAGAAAUGUUUAUUGCAAAAUUGACUCCAAUCAUUGGGAAAUCAUCUUCACAGAAUGUAUAUAAUUUCUUUUAUGGAAAAAACGGAUUAAAAUAACAUUACUACAGCUGAAACUACAAGAAAUCAUGAGACCUGGAUUAUCAUCUGGGGAACACAUUACCUAUAAACCAGAGCUGGAAAUUGUGGUAGAUGCCAUUUACAUAAUUUUGAGGAACUGCAAACAGGAACAAAUUUAAGAGUCUACAUUUUAAUAACUGCCUUUUAAUAUGUGAUGAUUGACCCCCUGGGCUUCUCUACUGAUCUGUAGCAUAUACCUAGUUUAAACUAGAGCAUCUCCUGGCUCUGAAAAUCCAUUUCCACCCCUGGAAUAAACAGAUGCAGUUUUGUGUUUAAGCACUGCAGCAAGUAUAGCAUUAAACCUAAAGUCUCAUUUUAAAAAGGAUACUGUUAAGUGUUCAUCACAGAGACCUUGCACAGUAUGAAGAUAUUUCUGUUACUGGUGAUGAUAUGUGAUAAAUGUUGCAACAUAAACUGACACAGUAUUCACAUAUGAUCUUCUGAAUUAUACUGAUUUAUGAUAUGCAAAUUAUAGUUCCAACUAAGAUAUUGAUUAAAAUUUGUAAGUGGA